AUGGCUGACAGACAUUCUCAAUAUAAGAACCAAGGAAAGGAUGCUGAGACUCUAAGAAAAUCGCGGGCUGAAAACGCGAUUUCUCUGAGAAAGGAGAAGAGAGAAGACAUAUUGUCCAAGAGAAGGAAUAUUCCAUUGCCAGAGGGGUAGGAUUUAUGAUCUGUUAACAUUAAUUUAUGUUUAGUCGGUUUAGACAUUUAAAUUAGCUCCUUAUCAAGUAAUUUUCUCUUUGUUGCAGUGACGAUGCCAGUACCAGCCGUGAUCUUUCUCUCCAGGCUCCGUUAGAUCGAGUGAGUCUAGAUGAGAUCGUAGCCAAGGCUAUGUCCCCAGAUCCGGAGGUCCAAAUGCAAGCUGUUACUCACGCCCGCAAGCUUUUGAGCUCGGACAGAAAUCCACCAAUCGACGAUCUGAUCAGCAGCGGAAUUCUACCUAUUUUGGUGAAAUGUUUGAGUUCCGAAAAGUAAGUUCACAGUGGUUUUGUUCAGUGUUAUCGUUUAGUUCGAAUCUUCAAUUCGAAGCCGCCUGGGCUCUCACCAACAUUGCCUCGGGAACUUCUGAUCAGACCCGAGCCGUUGUUCAUGCUGGAGCUGUUCCCCAUUUUUUGGAAUUGCUGACUUCUUCCAACAUGAAUGUUUGUGAACAAGCUGUUUGGGCUCUCGGAAAUAUCAUUGGUAAGCUUUCUCUUUCUGCGCAUUCGAUGAUUUUUGUCGUUAUCUAAAGUUAUUGAUUAUUUGCAGGUGAUGGGCCUCAUUUCCGAGAUUAUUGCAUUGAGUUGGGUAUUGUUGAGCCUCUUCUUCGUUUUGUGGUUCCUGAUAUUCCACUCAAUUUCUUGAGAAAUGUGACCUGGGUAAUGGUUAACUUGUGCCGUUCCAAAGAUCCUCCACCAUCCAGAAGUAUUGUCGAAUCUCUUCUGCCUGCUUUGUCUCAACUUAUCCACCAUGAAGACACCAGCAUUCUAGUUGAUACUGUUUGGGCUUUGUCUUAUCUGACUGAUGGUGGAAAUGAUCAAAUUCAGAUGGUGAUUGAUAGUGGGGUAGGUAGAUUUUUCUGGGGUUUAUGAACAGUAAAAAGAUGGAUAAAACUGUUAUUUUAGGUUGUUCAACACUUAGUUCCUCUUCUCGGUCAUCCAGAAGUAAAGGUCCAGACCGCUGCUCUAAGAGCCGUUGGAAACAUUGUGACCGGAACUGACGAGCAAACCCAGCUAGUACUGGACAACGGCGCCCUUCAAAUGAUGCCCGCCUUGUUGUCUCAUGUCAAGGAUAAGAUCAACAAGGAGGCUGUCUGGUUCCUGUCUAAUAUCACCGCUGGAAACGAGCAACAAGUGCAGGCUGUUAUUGAUGCUAAUUUGAUGCCGAUGAUCAUCCACCUUUUGGAUCGCGGUGAUUUCCAAACCCAAAAAGAAGCGGCUUGGGCUGUUUCUAAUGUUACCAUCUCCGGAAAGUCCGAACAUGUUUUGUACAUGGUUGAUUGUGGUGUCAUUGUGCCCUUCUGUAACCUGCUUGAUAUCCGGGACACACAAAUCGUCCAGGUCGUUUUGGAUGGGUUGAAUAACAUCUUGAAGAAGUCGCAAGCCCGGUCCGAAGAGAUCUGCCAGAAGAUCGAAGAAUGUGGUGGCUUGGACAAGAUUGAGCACCUUCAGAAUCACGAAUCCCAAGAGAUUUACAAGAUGGCCUACGAGAUCAUCGAUGCCUUCUUCUCGCCUGGUGACGAAGAAGAGUUGGUGAUGCCCAACGAGAACUUCCAAUUCGAUACCACCCAGCAGAACGUGCCUUCCGAAGGAUUCACGUUCCAUUAA